GUCACACCCUCGCCACAUGAGAGGAAGUACGAAACAGUUUAUCCCCCUCCUCAAACUAGUACAUACAGGAUGAGUUCAGCAGAGAUAUCCGAUGCUCCAGGCACUUCUUCAGUAGAACAUGGAUGGAGCUAAAAAACUCAUUUAAAAAUUCAGAGUUAACUACUGCCACAAUGAAAACUUUGGUUUUACUGACAACUGGGCUGUUCUUUAUGUCCUCAUGCCAGAAAGAAAACAAAUGCAGCAACAGCACCCUGGGCUGUCAAGAAAGCAAUUCAGCCCCUGGUAAGACUUUCCACAGCACUGUGCAAGAUGUGUAUGAGAAGAUACCUUCUUCCUCCAUAGAAGGAGUGAGAAAGGCCAAUCAGAACAAAGACAAUAAGUGCACCUCAGUAAACUCCAACAUCUCAACACUGAAAAUAAACAAUGUCACAAUGGAAUAUUUUACCAGCUCUCUGAGCACAAAGCUAAUACCAGCUAUAUACAUAGCUGUUGUUUUAAUAGGGAUACCAUCAAAUGCCAUUACUCUAUGGAUGCUGUUUUCCAAAAUGAGAUCUGUCCGUAGUGCCAUAUUCUACACAAACUUGGCCAUUUCAGAUUUUCUCUUCUGCAUCAUGCUGCCAUUCAGAAUUACAUACCACCUCAAUGGCAAUAACUGGAUAUUUGGAGAAGCAAUGUGUCGGAUCAUGACUGUCAUCUUCUAUGGCAACAUGUAUUGUUCCACUCUACUUCUUACUUGCAUCAGCAUCAGCCGCUACGUGGCCAUUGUUCAUCCAUUUACUUACAGAAAUCUGCCUAAGCAACUCUUAUCCACAUUUGCCUGUGGGACAGUAUGGAUAGUUAUGUUCUUAUACAUGAUACCUUUGAUCACAACAAAGCAAAGCUAUUAUCUGGAUCAACUAAAUAUUAUUUCCUGUCACGAUGUGUCUAACAGCUGUCAAACUUGGGCACAUCUCCAACACUAUUACUUCAUUUUUCUAGCAGUAGGUGGAUUCCUAAUUCCUCUUUGCAUUGUUAUUUUUUGUUAUGUUUCAAUUAUUCGGACGCUCAAAGUUUACAAUCAGAAGUGGUUUUGGUACAUCAAAGUCAGUCUGCUUAUCCUUAGCAUUUUUGCUGUUUGCUUCACUCCCAGCAAUAUCUUACUGAUUGCUCAUCAUAUGAAUUACUAUGAUAAUUCUAAAGAUAGUUUGUACAUUUUCUAUCUUAUUGCUUUAAGUCUAAGUAGUCUGAACAGUUGUCUAGAUCCAUUCCUUUACUUCAUGAUGUCCAAAAUCAACAACAAUAAUAAGACAGUUUAUCUCACCACAAUUAAAGCAAUCCCAGAAGAACAAACAUGACACUAUUCGUGUGACAAACAACAUAAUUGUACAUAUGUAAUUUAUUCAUAAGAUAUAGUAUUUAAGAUUUCUAUUUUUAUAACAGUAAAAUUUAAAUAAUAUGAAAUUGUUCAUAUGUGUAUUUUAGGAUUGUAAGCUUUAAUUGUGUUAAGAGCAGAUUUAAACUGAAGGGGUGACAAGUUAAGGCUAAGAGCUUUGUUACUUUGUGAGCAUAUUUUGGGUCUAGUAAAAUUCAUGUUAUUAAAGAAUGAAAAGGAAAGACUUAAAUACAGAAUUUCUCUCUGAUAAUGAGUGCUUUUUUAAAUUACUUCAGAGUCCAUUCAAUAUGCCAGAAAGGAAAAAAUAUAUGGAAAUUUUGCAUGAAUAAAAUUAUUUUGAAUGAAAUUAUGCACAUUCACUCAAAUU